GAUUAUUUUAUUAUAGUACUAUUAUUGACCCCCAUAUCCCUGAAUAUCAAUAUUUUAGGGCAUUUAUGGUGUCAUGAAGGUGAGAAGAAAUUGUACAAUCCAGCGCAAUGUCCAGCUCAAACAUUGGAAUGCUUUAAAUUCAUAUGUGAAUCUAACGAUACUGAAUUCGUCGCUCGUGGUUGUGGAGUGUCAUUGCUAAGUACUGCCGCUGGACUACCAAAUGAAAGCUGCAAUCAGGCACUGGAGAUGUGCCAACAAGUCGGUGGAACCGGAACCUGCUACACUUGCGGUGACAAACACAUGUGCAACGACACUCCAUCUCAUGUUCCUAUGUCAAUUGCGAUUGUCUUAGCUUUAAUUGGUUUUUUAUCAAAAAACUGA